AUGCGUUCAUCAUUUCUGCUUCUCGUAGGCGCAAUUACAUGUAUGCGAUCAGCAUGUGAAGCUGCUUAUGUACCAGGAGCAGCUUUCGAUCGAUUCUUUACUAUCUGGCUCGAAAAUCAAGACGACUCAAAAGUCGAAGCCAAUGCGGAUAUCCUCAAUCUCACCGCACAAGGCAUUCUCCUUGAAAAUUACUACGGACUCACUCAUCCCUCUCAACCAAACUAUAUCGCAUCAGUUGGCGGCGACUUUUUCGGUCUCAAUCAUGAUGAAUUUGUACGCAUACCGCAUAAUGUGACGACGGUGGUGGAUCUUUUUGAAGAUGCGGGAAUUACUUGGAAGGGGUAUUUUGAGGGAAUGCCAGGACCGGGAUAUAUGGGAGAGGGAAGUACUGCACAGGAUGGGAAAGGAUGGGAUUAUGUGAGGAAACAUAAUCCUUUUGUGAGUUACGAUAGUAUAAACACAAACGGUACACGACUUCAAAAUCUCCUCUCCUUGGACGAUUUUUCCACGACCGUCAAAAGCAAUCCAUCCUCUUUACCACAAUAUGCACACAUAUCCCCCGACAUGUUGAAUGACGGACAUAAUACUUCUCUAGUAUAUGGAGCUAAUUGGACGCGAUCAUUUCUCACUCCUCUUCUUCAAAAUGAAGCAUUUAUGAAUAAUACUCUCAUCCUUCUCACUUACGACGAAUCAGAAACCUAUUCCAAACCAAAUCGGAUAUAUUCCGUACUUUUAGGUGGUGCUGUUCCAGCAGACAAGAGAGGAACUGUUGAUACAACCAUUUACUCGCAUUACAGUAUCCUUUCCACCUUACAAAACAACUGGGGUCUUCCGAAUUUGGGUCGCUACGAUGUUGGCGCCAAUGUCUUUGACCUCUGCGCUUCGAAAACAAAUUAUACCAAUAUAAACCUCAAUAUGACAAUUCUCAAUAACUCUCUAUCAUACCCCGGAUUCUUAAACAACGAUCCCGCAAAAUGGGCACCAGUCCCCGUCCCGAAUCUUCAAUUGAUAGGCGCAGGCGGAAAAGGUGUAGAUGAUUACACACAUGCCGAAUGGGUUAGUGCUAAAUCAGAAAAUACACCAUAUGAUGGAAGCGGAGAAUUUUUCGACGGCGGAAAUGGAGUGACUGACGAGCGAAAACCGGUAUAUGCAACGCAAGGAGCGAAUGUGGUAGCCACAGCCACAGUAGCACAGCCAUAUAGCGCGACGGCGACACCUACUAGUGCUAGUACAAGCAUGACUAGUGCGAGUGCAUCGGCGAGCGCGACAAAGGGGAGUGGAGCGGAGAGGAGUAGAAGUAUAGGAAUGGGUUGUGGGAAGGAGGUUUUGGGAUUGUUGGUUGCGUUGGUUUUUGCAAUUGUGGUUCUAUAG